CUCUGACACUGAGUCACAACUCGGCUCACUCAACAUUGAAAAGUCAGCGAUAAAUCACCACCACCACCUCCAUUGGAGAAAAGAUGCUUCGCCGUUUGGGUCUAUCUCUCUGACACGCGGCGGUUUGGGCCGGUUGUUUUUGGGCCCAAUGUCGAGCAGUAUAAUAAUGAGAAGCAGUAGUGUUAUUGGUAUAACGCAAGAAAAGAGUGAACGUAUCGUUGUCUAGUGUCUUUCGUUCUCGUUCUCGUGUUUCUGAAGAUGGCGCUAACAAUACUACCAGAAAGAUUCCCAAUUGGUCUACGGGUUCUCGCCCUUGAUGUUGACACAACUCACCAUCCCAUCCUUCACGCAAUGGGUAAUCGAUUUCAAUACCAAGUCAUGUCUUCUCAUUACUCUACCAAUUCUGUCAUGGAGGCUAUCACAAAAGGGGCUUCUGAUUAUUGGAUUAAGCCAUUGGAAGAACGACACUUCCAGACUAUGUGGAAGCAUGUCGUAAAAGACAUCUUCCAUAUGAACAACAAAAGGGGAAGAGAACAAGUCGAUGUUCCAAAACAAACAAUUGAUGAAAACCAUAAUCAUAAUGAUGAUUAUCCAUCCCCGGCAAAGAAGUUCCGGUGGUCAUGGACUCAACAGUUGCAUAAUCAAUUCGUAACGGUGGUCAAUGAAUUAGGCAUUGAAAAUGCAAAGCCCAAAAAAAUACUCAAAAUAAUGGAUGUUCCGGGUUUAACCCGAGAACACGUUGCUAGCCAUUUGCAGUUCACCAAGUUGCUCACUGGACUUGCCUAUGAGACAAAGUAGACUUCAUAUUGAUGAGCUCCAUCAAUAAGCAAAGGGUUUCAUGGUUCAAGUUUGUUGACCGCAUAUAGACAACUUUCACAUGCUUGGUAUACAACAUUGUGUCUUUCCUAUUUUUAUUAUUUGUGAUUGAAGAUUGUUGGCACAAAUUGAAGGUACAUAUUCAUAUAUAAUAUUAAUCAAUCACUGCUUCUAAAAGGAGAGAACAUUUCUUUCCACACUCAGUAGACACUUUCACUGUUGGAAUUUGGCUUGUAUUAUGAGACAUUGCAUUUGCAGGUCCUAGCGCUUGGAUGUGAGAACUCACAAAUGUCUUAAGUGUUGUAUAAUGAAAGGACAAACAAGGUAUCAUGCAUCAGCCUUUCACAUGUUACAAUGUUCGAUAGAAAAACAGUUACUUUCUUCGACAAUCAAAGGUUAUAUGGUAGCUUACAUUUCUUGCCUUAUAUUUCCAUUCAUUUCAGAGGAUCAAAGUAAAUUGCUAUUUAUUGAAUUUAACGUUUUUUAGUAUUAAUGUUUGCUUAAAGGAUUAGAUUUAUGCUCAAAGAAUAGUUGGGAGGAUCCAACUUUAGUUUUAAAGGGCACAGACAUUGCUCUAUAAUAGAAUUGUCAUAAUUAGGAUAUUGAAACUUCAUUGCUAACAAAUCAGGGGUUGGAAAUGUGUGUAUGUAAACUUUGUCAUUUGAGAAAAUUGUAUUUUGGGUGACAUGAAUUAUUAUUAUUGAUUUGUUAUAGUUUUUUUUUUUUAUUACCUAUUAAAUUCAACUUUGUCAUUUGAUUAUGUUUUA